AAGACACACACCAUGGCGACGACUGAGGAGUUGCAGACACUUGUCCUGACCACCCUGGACCAGAAUCAGGUCAUCGAAGACUCUAAGAACAUCAAGUUUGAUGGAAAGCCCAUUGACCAACUUGCUUUCCUCGGUGCACUCAACAGUCUCAAGUCGAAGGAUAUGGUCGACUACUCUCCCAUUGAACUCGAAUUCUGGACUUUGACUGAGGAAGGUGAACAAGUCGCCAAAGACGGAAGUCAUGAGGCACGCGUUUUCGCUGCUGUUCCUUCCGGUGAGCAAGGUAUCCCUAUUGCUGAACUCCAGGCUAGACUUGGAGAGGCUGCCAAGAUUGGACAGGGAAAGGCUUUCAAAAACAAGUGGAUCUCCAAGAAGGGUGCAAACCUUGUUCGCUUGGUAGAUUCUAUUGUUGAUCAGACUCAGAAAGAUCUUUUGGAAAUCAAGAACACUUCUACCCAUAAGGAUGCCAAGCUUUUGGCUGAAUUGAAGAAGAGAAAGCUCACCGACAAAUAUAAAACAACCUCUUACAAGGUUACCAAGGGUCCUGCUUUCUCCCUUGAGAUUAAGCACGAAGCUACCGAAAUUACUUAUGAGAUGCUCCAGUCUGGCGAAUGGAAGAAUGCCACUUUUAAAAAGUACAACUUUGAUGCCGUCGGUGUUCCUCCUUCCGGUGGACAUCUUCAUCCUUUGAUGAAGGUGCGCCAGGAGUUCCGUGAAAUUUUCUUUGAAAUGGGUUUCUCUGAGAUGCCUACCAACUGCUUCGCUGAGUCUAGUUUCUGGAACUUUGAUGCUCUUUUCCAACCCCAGCAGCAUCCAGCUAGAGAUGCUCACGAUACAUUCUUCCUCAAGGAUCCUGCCAACACCGACCGUUUCCCCCGUGAUUUGAUGGCUAAGAUCAAGGUUACCCAUGAAAAUGGUGGUGAUACUGGCUCCAUUGGUUACAACUACAAAUGGAAAGAGGAAGACGCAGGCAAACUUAUCCUCCGUACCCACACUACUGCUGUCAGUUCUUAUAUGCUUUACCAGCUGGCUGAAAAAACCAAGAGAGAAGGUGUAUUCAACCCUGCAAAGUACUUCUCUAUUGAUCGCGUGUUCCGUAACGAGUCUGUCGAUGCCACUCAUUUGGCUGAAUUCCAUCAGAUCGAGGGUGUCAUCGCUGACAAGAACUUGACUCUUGGUGACUUGAUCGGCUUCAUGGAUGUCUUCUUCAAGAAGAUGGGUAUGGACAAAAUUCGCUUCAAGCCCACCUACAACCCUUACACUGAGCCCAGUAUGGAGAUUUUCUCUUAUCACGAGGGUCUUAAGCAAUGGGUUGAAAUUGGUAACUCUGGUAUGUUCCGUCCUGAGAUGUUGUUGCCUCUUGGUUUACCACCGGAUGUCCGUGUUAUUGCCUGGGGUCUUGGUCUUGAGCGCCCUACCAUGGUUAAAUAUGGUAUUUCCAACAUCCGUGACUUGCUCGGCCAUAAGGUCAACAUUGCCAUGAUUAAGGACUAUCCCGUCUGUCGAUUAGACAAGAAGAUGGGCAAGGAGUUGGUCGGUUUGAGCGAGUAGUGUUUAUUAUCUAAUAAUAUUAUAAAAAAAAAUGAAUAAACAAAAUGUAUUACGAAAAUAAAUAAUAAGACAUGGCGUGUG